AUGGCAUCCUCGACGGAUAAUCCAAAUUCGAAUGAUCAAUAUGAUGAUCAACAGGUUAUGGGUAGCCCAAACCCUACCACCGCUGGUGCUACGGGGGAUAUUCCGCGGGUCAAUGGAGUGACUCCGCAACCGCUGAAUCGAAGUCCGUAUGACAUGGAUGGAGAAACAGUGAGCCCGCGAGCUGUCCCUCGCACGGUUCAGGGAGCCAACGCAGCAACGGAACGUUCGGUUCCACAGACGGCUGGAGACUUCCUUGAAGGUCUCAAUGAACCUUCGUCGAGCGCUCCACGUGGUGUGCUGGGUGGAUUGUCCAGAGUGAUACAGUCCAUCCCGACAGUGGUGGAGCAGGUUAUUCCAGGGGCAGCACCGAAGCAGCCCUCUCCGAGUAACCAGGAUGCAGUUGAAUACGCGUCAGUGAGAUCAACAACCAGCUGGGAGCAGAGACCGCCCUCGGCUACUCAACUUCCUCCUACGCCGUUGCUGACGGAAGCGAUGGUCCAGAGAAUGAGAGAGAUGGAGAGGGCAGCACCAUUGUUGUACCCGAGUGGAGGUGCAACUUCGGGGCGAAUGCCCAAUCCGCCGUCGACCUCUUCGAGUGACAUUCAGGCUGAAGUCAGGAGGCAACUGUCGGAGCUAAUGGCUUUGCGAGAUGAGGAGGGUAGAAGGCUGAGGGCUCAGGUUGAAGCUCUGGCCAUGGAGAAUAGCGAGUUGCGCGGCCACAAGACUCCCGAGGCACUCCUUUGGACUUCCAAUCCUCAAGUCGACCACCGCUUGGUAUGGGAGCGUAUCACAGCCUACAGGUCAGGUUCCGCCACCUUCAGGAUCCGGCUGCAGGUGCCGGAGUAUCCGUUCCCGUUCAGGCUGUCCCGAUUAGUCCUCCUGUCCCUUCAGCAAAUGGGAGUACUGGAGCAGCUCAAGGAGCUCCGGAGCAUGGCGGGCAAUCCCGAGAUUAGAGGUUUGCAGGUUGAGGAGGAGCUACUGGACAAUGCUUGGGAAAGAGUUCCGAUUGAGGGUCUGAGACAACAGCUUGAUGGUUUGCGUGCCUUGGUUGCCACGAAGGAGCCUAUGGUUAGAACCUUUUCUAACUCCAGUGCCGAUCAGGAUAGGCUGGCAAAGGCUUUGGCCCUUCUAGACUCCGGGGCUACGCAUGCCGUGAUUCCCUAUGAUCAAUCGCUUGGAAACCUGGAGUCAGUGCCAGUAACCUUGGCGGGAGACGAGCGUCAGCAAUGGUUGAAGACUAAAGGGGGAACGCUGGUGGUCCCACCCUCGGGGAAGGAUAAUGAUAAGAGCCCGAAGCCGCAAACCAUCCUCCCGUUGGGAUCCUUAGUCGAAACUUUGGGUUGUACGGUGGAAUGGUCAAAGAGGAAGGGUUUGAAGGUGAGUCAUCCUACCCUUGGGGCAUUGAACACAGGUUUGUCAAGCAAUCACUGUCCACUGGUUCAGGAAGACCAGGCACUCACUAUGAUAGCUGAGCUUGAGAGCAAGCGCUUGGAGUCCUUCCGCGACCGUAUUCAGGACUUGGAGUGUCAGAUAGAGCAUUUGCAGUCCUCCCCAGACCCCACGCAGACCCUGAGGAGGUAUGUGGCAUCAGGGGACCGAGGUGACGCCUUGCAGGCCCUUAUAGCCCAACCUUAUCUUGAGGACGUUCCCAUGGCCCUGAAGGCAUGGAUGGCAGAAGGAUUCGAGUCUACUUCGUCUGAGACCGGUUGGAAGCUUAUGAAGAAUCUACCUUUAAAGCGUGCAGCUCGUAGAGCACUGUUGCAAUCUGAUCGUUGGAUAGUGCAUCUAUGUUCGGGAGAACCCAAGUGCGAUGAUCCCGUUGCAUGCUGGUGUGAGGAACGUGGGUUUCGCUUCCUUCCAGUAGACAUAAGAGAAAAGGGUGGAAAGGGAUGGGACCUGACCAAGCGUGAUGGUGUUUGGCGCGUUUUGCUUUGGGCAGCCGCGGCAGGCAAGGUGUCAGGUAUCCUCUCAUCACCGCCAAUGCAUGCUGAUCCCAGCAAGGAGGUGCUGAAAUAUCAGGAUAAGUUCUUGUGGUCGCUUGCCUCUGUUGCAAACGGGCAAGGCAUUCCCUUCUUGAGUGAGGUUUCAGGCAUAAAGGAGGAACCUGUGAUCAAGUUCAAUCAGUGGAGUGCCCGGCAAGGGGAAAGGGAUUUUGCUGUUGCACAACAGAUUGCGGCAAUUGAGGAGGUCAAGGAGGUAAAGGAGCUUUCUUCGGCCGACCUUGAAAAAUGGAGACAGCAUGUCUUGAAUGGUCAAACAUCCGAGAUCCUACGCGUUGUCAUUGGACCUAUUUGGCCCAGUCCCACCGUCCGAAGCAGGCCCGCCACUCCAGAUGAAGGGAAUCUCCCAGAGGAUGCAAUGGAUAGCUUGUAUGAGCCCUCGGAUCCCGGUAACGAUUUAUUCCCAGAGCUUGAAACUGAGGUUGAUCCUUCCAGGGAGGUUUUGCCCUUGGGUGGAGAUGAGAGUACCGUUCGAGCUUUUGAGUCCUUGGAGGAAGGCUCCGAAUCUGUACCACUGGACAAAGAGGCAAUGCAGGCUCUCGCGGAGGAGCUCGCCACGCCGGUUGAACAGGUGGUGUUAAGGUACUUCAUCCCAAUGAAAACCAAGAACGGAUUUGGGCAGCAGGUUUUACACCGAAUCAAGCGUCCAGCAGAUGGGGCGAAGCAGCUUAUGGAAAGAUGGAUUAAUGCACAGUACGCAUGUCCACAUCGAUCCAUAUCGGACGGCCACGUCCUAAUCACCGCUGCCGGUAACCUGGAGGAGGAAGUUCAGCUUGGGGAUGGUUUAGAGCCGGUUUCCGUGCCUGAUGGUGAGGAGGUGAAGGUGGAGUUCAGGAGAAGUACGUCUUGGGUGCCUUUUGUCAUGGAGGACAGAGGGGCGAGGUUGGAUUUCGUUUUGAAGAUGGAAAUGGAGGAAUUGCCUGAGUUGAAUGGUGAGUCAACUGCAAUGUCCGAGGAUGCCGGUCCCGGAUGGGGGUUCAGUGAUGAUGAGCAAGAGGACUCAGCUGCGGACCUUGCGUUGUUGUAUGAAGAGGACUUGAUCGAAAAUGGUUCUGAUAGCCCUGACCUUAGGCCCCAACCUAGUGCGAGCUCGAAUGACCCGAUUCCGAGUGUUGCAGCAGGUGGCCUUGGUUUGUUUAAAGUUGACUGCAGCUUUCAUGAGGAAGGUCAGCAGAACAGGUCCCUUGAUGAGGAAUACGCCCUACAUGCAAUGCUUAUGCAGUCCGUAUGGGACGAGGAGGAGGAUGAUCUUCCACCAGGAUACCCGGUGGACGCUUUGGGUACAGUUUUCCUUAGAAGGGAUAGUGCAGAGGAUGAUUCUCCACCUGGUGAAGAGGAGAACCGAGCCUCUUCUUCCGGAUAUAGCUGCAGAAUGGUUACUUGCAAUGAUGACGGUGAAAGCACCCCAACUGGGAACUUGCCCAGCAGCGAUCAUUGUCUGCCCCACCAACCAGCGCAAACUACGUCAAGGAUUGGGGUACCGACGACUGAUCCACUGAAGGUUGUCGGUCAGCCAGGUAGGACGUUAAGCGCAGACCCACAGGUGUGUAAGAUAGACGAAUCCUUCUACACCAAAGAUGUUGAAAAUAUUUUGGACAACCUAACUGAUGCCCUUAAGGUUGUACACAAUGUCUCGCCGGAUGGAGUCCGUAAGCAUUUGCAGAAAUGGAUCCCAGCAGCAAGAGCAGAGGUGAAUGCUUUAGAGACCAUGAAGGGUAUUAAAAGGCUUCAGGGCUCAGAUGUUACAAAGGCAAUGUCGCGACCGGAUGUGCAGGUGUUACCCGCGAAGACUGUUUUCACUGUGAAACCAGGAGCCGAUACCGCUUGGUUUCGUAGGAAAUGCAGAGUGGUAGGCUGUGGAAACUUCGAGGAAAAGGAUCCUGGCCUGGAGUUGUAUGCGGGUGGCGUUCCGGCCGAGGCCCUGCGCACAAUUUUGGUUGAAUCCGCGGUUCGGAAGUUUCUUGCCUUCGUAACAGAUAUUAAAAACGCUUUCCUUCUUGCUCCACUGCCUUUGAAUAUGGCCGGCAGAAUACUCCUCAAGCCUCCGCGUCUGCUCGAGCAGAUGGGUAUCACUACUCAUGAUGAGUGCUGGGAGGUUUGCAAGGCAGUGUACGGUUUGAGGCAGAGCCCGAAGUGGUGGAGUGAUUAUAGGGACUCCGUUCUUAAAGGUGCAACUUGGGAAGGUGAGUCUGGGCUGAUACGGUUGCAACAGUCCAAUGCGGAGGGAAAUGUUUGGAAAAUGUUAAAUUCCGAUGAUCAAGUCAUAGGCUUUGUUAUCAUUUACGUAGAUGAUAUGAUGUUCUUGACUACAAAACCUGAAGCUGAGAAGGCCUAUGCAUGGUUGAGAAGCAUGUGGCAGUGCACCCCCUUGGAGGAAGCCACGCUAUCGAAGCCAAUUACGUUUCUUGGAGUCGAGAUAAGCAUUGGCCAAGAUACCGAGGGACGUCAGGGCUUCCUGCUAGGCCAAAGGGGUUACAUAGAUGAGCUCCUAAGGAUGUAUAGUCUAGAGCCAAGGCAUCGUACGCCUGUUCCCCGUGAGUGGGUGAAGGAAGCACCGGAGCAUGAGGAAGGGUAUACUCCCGAGACGCUGCGCAGAGCGCAACGUAUUACCGGGGAGCUGCUUUGGCUGACGCAGAGGACUCGCGUUGAUGCAGCUUACACUGUGUCCCUUAUGGGCUCGUGGUGUACGAAGGCACCUGAACACGUGAUACGUCUAGGCCAGCGACUGUUGCAUUUUCUGGGUUCUACAAAGGACUGGAAGCUCUCUUUGAUUCCGGUUGAGGGAGAAAAGAGAAUGGUCGUGUACACCGAUGCUUCAUUCGCACCCUAUGGCUCGCACAGCAUCACUGGGGUCUUGAUCACCUAUCAUGGAAGGUCGGUUGUGUGGAAGGCCAAGAAGCAAGCUUUGGUGUCCCUGUCGACGGCAGAGUCGGAGUUAAUUGCCGCUUGUGAGGGAGUAGUGAUGGGUCAGAGCUCGGAGUCGCUGAUACUAGAGCUUACAAGUGAUCUAAGGACAAAACUACUCUUAGUUGAUAACCUAGCGGCGAUAGCUCUCGUUGAGGGCUCGGGUUCCCAGCGAACUAGGCACCUAAGGGUAAGAUCAAACUUCGUCAAGGAUCAGGUUGAAAGAAAGGAACUAGAGGUUGAUCAUUGCCCAGGUGAGCAACAAUUGGCUGAUUUGCUGACUAAGAUCCUUGCAGGCCCUAGGCAUCAAUUUCUGGCGUGCCUGAUUGGGCUAAGUGUAGAGCUUCCGCCGAUGCAGAUUGCUACCUUGAUUCGAGGUGCAGCUCCGACCGUCAAUCCGGAGCUUAGGGCUAAUAGGAUCAAGUUGGUUCUGUUGGUUCUAAUAAUGCAGAUGAUAGAAGCUGAAGCCGUUGAAGAUGAUGAGCUCAGUGAUCCACUGAGUUUGGAAUUGUCGGUAGUGGCAAUCAUGAUGAUGUUGUCGAUAUUGUUUGUGUGGGAAUCUGGCAAGUAUUGCCUGAUCAGGUGCUGCAGGACUGACGGUCCGAGGAUUCGGUCCCUGAGGCAUGAAGACGAGGAUGAAGUUUCGAUUGAAAGGUCUAGGAGACAAAGGCGGCAAGAAGCAGUGAGGCGUGCAAUUGAGUUGGAGGCCGACGAACAGACUCUAAGGAGGAGGAACGCUCCGCUCCCGGAGUCUGGGUCUUCCUCGUCUGCAGGUAUCCCAGUUGUCCAGGUCAAUGUUGGUGAAAGGUGGGAGGUCGAUCGUAACCCACCGUUGCCUAGGUUUGCAGAGGCGGGAAGCAUUGCACCCCUGCCAUCCACGGCCGUUUCAAGAAGUCUCCCUGACCAGUCCUACACUUCACCCUCCAUCAAUCCAAUUGGACUUUGGGGAAACCAACUCCGCGCGUCCCUAUACCGAGCCGACUGGACUUCAAGGUGA